ACCCACAUUUUUAGUUCAAUAAUCCUUUUGGCACAAGUUAAAAGAUUGAAAUGUACUACUAAUAUGGAUUGGUUUAAACGGUUCAGUGCCUUGUGAAUGAAGAAAAUUCACAGUGAAAGCUUUACAUUUAGGGCCGACUCGGCUUGAUUGAAAUAGUUUGGGUUCAAUUGGGCUUUGAGAUAUUAUGAUUCAUAUCAAAAGAAAGAGUGACAUGUACCAAUUUUUACCGAAAGUCCUGUUGCACAUUGAAGAAUAAUAAUACAGAGUAUUUUCCGACUUUGACCCAAUCAUCUAUUAGAAACUCAUUGACCCAAUCAUCUAUUACAGGGAAGGAAAAGGGACAGCCAAUUUGGUGUUGUCACAAAAUUAACAAGAAAAGCAACAUACAGCACAGAAAAAGACAGACAGGACAGUGAAGGAACCCCUUUGGAGAUUCAUCCAAAGCACAUAUAAGUGCUGGCAAGAGACAGAAAUUUCAGUUGACAUGAGCUCCUUGAUUAGGUAAGUUGCCUGAAGAGACUGAAAAAGUUGAAAAAUGUACUCCGAAUACAGCCCUGUUGUUCCAAUUGAAUUGCCCGACUCUGUAAUCGGGAAAUGGCAAGAGACUUACCAUAAAAUACCAAUAUUCGGAGCUUUCGCUGCUAUAGCAGCAGCAUUCAUGGUUGGAGCCAACAGUCUUCCUGCCCCGUUCCCUACUGUAGUUGGAUCAGGGACAAUGACACUACCGAAGGCCUUUGCGAUGGCUUGUGUGGUCUAUGCUCCUGGAGCGGCUCUUGCAAGCAGGAGCACUGUCGAUUCCCUGUUGUCCGGUUUUUUUAAGGAACAGCAGCCCAGUGAAGGGUUCCUGAUGUGGAGCAUGAUAGUUGUUAUAGUCACAACAGCUAUAUGGCUUGCAGUGGCAACACAUUGGGAAAUCCCAGUCUCAGCUAGGCAAUCUUCACAGGCUGCGCUCCUCGGGACCUUACUUGUUAACAAAGGAUUUAGCCGACUUCCCAUUUGGCACACGAAUGAGUUUCAUAGCUUUAAAGGUGGACUCCUGAAGAUCUUCCUGGAGUGGGCAGCUACUCCAUUAGUAGCCUGCCCACUCGGGUUUUGCCUAUUCACCACGAUGAAUUCUCUUCUUCUUCGCCACAAUAAUGCUGAGAAGUGAAUCCUACUUUUCCUGCCAAUUGACUAUGGCAUAUCCGCGGGACUUCUCUGCCUCUUCAUCGUCUACCAGAAAUGGGCUGCUAUGGUUGCUACUGCACUCGCAACCUUGACCGGAGCUAUACCAUCUCUGAUUGUGGUGAUUGCUUUAGCUAAAAGGAAGUCAAAAUACGAUACCAACAAGAACGACGAGUCUCUGUCAUCAGACGUCACAGUCGACUCCAUUCAAGCAGUUGCUGGAAUCUACACCGAACAGGUCAUAGUAUAUGACACAGCUGCCCUUAUCAUGCAUGCACUGGCAGAGAAGUACGACGGUCUGGAGGACUUAUUUGGAUUUCCUCAUGUAUUAGCUUCUUGCAUUUUUAUGCUAAUUCAAUCAGCCAGUGAAGUAGCGGCUCUUGUGAGUCCAUUUGGAGCAAUCCACAAUGUUUUUACCCACAGAACAAAAAUCUCCGGAGUUGGGAAAGAUCUGAAAUCUAUACAAGUGGCUUGGUGGUUCAGAGCAAUAGGAGGGCUGAGUGCGGCAAUGGGAUUCAGGCUAGUCAGGUGUCGACUGACGCAGAGCUUGGGAGGGAAACUCACAUACAUGAGCAACUCAAGGGGCCUGGCUUGUCAGCAAUCAACAAUAGGAGCCAUUGUUGCGGUCUCCCUGAUGAAACUUCCUGUUUCGAGUGUCCAUGCCUUUGUUGGGUCCCUAGUGGGUGUUGGGCUUGCUGAUAAUCCUCAGAAUGUGAAUUGGAAGCUGCUGCUGAGAUUUGUAUUUGGAUGGAUCCUAACGAUAGUAUGGUGUCGUGUUGCUUAUGUAUUCUUCUCUGCCUCUGUCCUCUCCCCUGCCUUCGUCUUGCCCUGA